GGUGCCACAAGUACUCCUGUUCUUCUUCUUACACCUUGUGUAAAUCAUUCAGACUCACGCACAGUGGGCAAACGAUGCAAGCAAAGCAGCCUGCCAGCAGUUUAUACUGACUUUCUGCUCACUUAGCCCUGGUGUAAGUGACCACGCAUGGUGCAGGGAAAUCUAGAAUCAGACCCAUUCUCUUCUUGAAUUUUUACACAAAUAAUAGUAUUUUGCCCACCUAGAACACCUUCCUUCUCAGGUCCUCACAGCACUUUUGAGAGUAUUGAAGGAAUCCUCUCGGCACCCUCUUCCCCCCGUUUCAUCCCCCUCAGUCUCUGCUCCCGCCCCGUGCCUUUAUUCUCCCCUUCCCCUGACCCCUCCCCCCUCUUGCUCCCAUUCGUGUCCCCUCCCUUCCCCCCGGCCUCCGCCCCCCCCGCACCAGCCCGGACCCCACCCCCUUGGUUCCGACCUGGCGGGGCUGCGAGCCGAGCCGAGCCACUGGCGCCCGGUUCGGUUCGGGCGGUGCCGGUUCCGGUCCCAGCCCUGGAGCAAGGGGACGGGGCGGGGAUGCUGCUCUCCAAGAUCAACUCGCUGGCCCACCUGUGCUCCAGGUCUGGCGGGGAGCUGCACCUGGCCAAGCUACAGCCAGGGAAGGACAAGGAGCCCCUGGAGAAGCUGUACCAGGUGGGCCCACUGCUGGGCUUUGGUUCUGUCUACUCAGGCACCCGCCUGUCGGACGGCGCCCCGGUAGCCAUCAAGCACGUGGCCCGGGACUGGAUUUCUGACUGGGGAGAGCUGGGCAUAUGUGACAAUGAAGGAGAGCCAGAACCAAUCCAUGGGGAUCCUGAUGGCCAGCCCAAACCACUCCAGGGGGCUGAGGGAAAACCAGGCUUCUUUGGAGACCUGGUAAGCCAGGGCCACGAUGAUGCAGUUAGCCAGGUCAUAGAAGGUGAUCCAUGCGACAUAGGCGAACAUGCCCACGUAGAGCCGCUUCUGGACUGAGUAGAUGAGGAAGACACACACCGGGCAACGUCGCUGGCCAAGGAAACCGAAGGAGCGUCGCAGAGUAGAAAGGCAAAGUAGGAGAGACGUUGGCAGGGCUUGUGUUAGGGAUUAAGUGCAGUGAACUCAAGCCUGCGCUG